UGCGAGUAAGCUGCGCUGGAUAGAUAAGUAUUCACGAUGUUGUGGCUAUUUCUGUGGACAUUUAUUUUUCAAUACAUAUUAAUAACAAAUGCAGGCGGAAUAUAUUCUGUUUCGGCGCCUGACACAAUACGGUCAUAUAUGAACUAUAAUGUGGCCGUUACCCUGCACAGUGCAGUUGGACGUUGUAGAAUCAGGGUGACCCUUGAUGGACCCUCGUUUACAAGGGCCGAGGAGGUCUAUCUUGAGCCCAUGUCCACGAAUACGCUCUCUUUCGGUAUCCCGAAAAUCUCCAAUGGAGAUUACCGCCUCACGGCCGAGGGUCUUUCGGGUAUUAUAUUCAAGGAGACCUCCAAACUUUCCUUCUCAGAGGACAAGCCCUCUAUCUACAUUCAAACGGACAAGGCCACCUACAAACCCGGCGACCUCGUGCAGUUCAGAGUUCUCUUUCUGGACAGGCACACUCUCCCAGCCAGGAUAGACAAGCCCAUAUCUAUCCGAAUACACGAUGGACAGGAGAACCAGAUCAAAGAGUGGAAAAAAGUAACGCCCACCAGGGGAGUGUUUUCGGGAGAACUCCUCCUAUCCAGUCGUCCGGUUCUGGGAAAUUGGACCAUUGCAGUCGCAAUUGAAGGGGAGAGCCAGGAGACCAAGGUCAUAGCGGUGGACAAGUACGUUUUGCCCAAGUUCGAGGUCCGGGUUGAAACGCCUCCGAAUGUGGUGGCCACCGAUGGCAAGAUCACGGCCACCAUUCAAGCCAAGUACACCUUUGGAAAGCCCGUCAAGGGAAAGGCCACCAUCUCAAUUGAGGGUGGUAGGACGGAGAAGACCGUGGACAUCGAUGGGACUGUCAAUGUGGAGCUUCCCUACGAGGCCACCCUAAAAUCACCCCUGAAAGUUCUAGCCACCGUUACUGAGGGGCUGACGGACCUCAAGCACAAUGGCUCUGCCUAUGUGACCCUUCAUCAGAAUCGUUAUAUCAUGGCAUCCGUCGAUUGGCCCCAGAACUACAAGGCAGGAAAGGAGCACUCCUUCCUGGUGGCGAUCACCAAUGUCGAUGGUUCUCCGGUCACGAACUCUAGGAGCAGUGUUAAAUUUAAUUUCAUUUGUGGUCAGAAUGGAAGAACUAAACAAGUUCCCCUAAAGGACAGUUUGGCCCUGGGCACAAUAAUGUUUCCGGAUAAUACCUGCAAGAGAUGCGAGGUGACUGCUUCAUUCGAGGGCUCAGCCAACAUAACUCAAUCCAUUUUCAAGCUGCAAAGCUCACUUAGGAUCGAGGUCAAUGCCAGAAAGCACGACAUAAAGAAACCCGUUGAGUUCGAUGUGGUAUCCACCGAGGUCCUGCCCUACUUCAUGCUCACGAUCGUCGCACGUGGUAAUAUCAUACUGAGUAAGUAUGUUCAAGUCGCUACAGGAGUGAAAAGCCAGAGGAUCUCCUUCACACCCAACUUCGAUAUGGUGCCCCAGGCCACGCUUUUUGUGAGCUACGUGGUGAACGGAGAAAUGCGAUCCGAUGAGGAAACAAUCGUUUUCCAGAAGGACUUCGCCAAUUCGAUUGAAGUCGCGGCACCUGCAAGUGCAGAACCUGGGGAUGAGGUUAGCUUAUCAGUUAAGACCGAUCCGCAUUCCUUCGUGGGACUUCUGGGAGUCGAUCAGAGUGUUCAGCUCUUAAGAUCUGGUAAUGACCUCAGUCAUGAACACAUCCUUGAUAAUCUGAGCAAUUUUUCAUCAAACGAACUUGUGACCCUUACCAAUGCCAAUAUAAACACCGAUGAAAGCUUGGGGGUAGGUAAAAUUGGUUUUAUGGAUACGUGCAGUCCCACCGUUCUUUCUGUGGAAAAACCAGAUCAUUCUCCGAAAGCGGGCAAAUUAUCACCCCUUUCAAAGUCGACCAGUCCCAUAGAUGCACACCCACCAAUUCGUCAGGAGUUCCCUGAAACCUGGCUAUUUGAGAAUAUAGUCGACGUUGGAGAAUUUGGUGCUGUACUCCGCAAGAAGAUACCCGAUACCAUCACCUCCUGGGUAAUCACUGGCUUCUCCCUGAACCCCAACUCCGGGUUUGCCAUGACCAAGAAUCCCUCCGCAGUCCGUGUCUUUCGACCGUUCUUCAUAUCUACCAACCUGCCGUAUUCCGUAAAAUGGGGAGAGAUUAUAGCCAUUCCGGUGGUGGUUUUUAAUUACCUGGAUAGACAGGUGGAGGCUUCGGUUUGGAUGGAUAACUCGGACCAGGAGUACGAUUUCUCUGAGGUCAUAAGCGAAAAGGUGGCGAGGAAUCUGCAACAGGGUCGGCGUUAUAAGCGAAUUACCAUACCGGCUCAAAGUGGAGGAAGCAUCUCGUUCAUGAUCCGCACCAAGAAGGUGGGACUGACCUCGCUGAAGAUCACCGCCCAGUGUCCAUGGGCUCAGGACUCCAUCCACGAAAGACUGCGAGUGGAGGCCGACGGUGUGACCAAGUACGUGAACAAAGCCAUUCUGGUGAAGGUUACUGAUAGAAACCGUCGAAGUCUGGGGGAGCCGGAAAAGUACAUCACGGUGGAGCGUCCCCCAAAUGCUGUCCCAGGUUCCGAGCACUCGGAGAUAUCAGUGGGUGGUGACAUGCAGGCGUCCACUUUAACGAACAUUGAGGACCUAGUUCGCCUGCCCCAUGGAUGCGGCGAGCAGAAUAUGAUCGACUUUGUGCCCAACAUUUUGGUGCUCCGAUAUUUGGAAGGCACCAACCGCAGAGAUCCUGCCAUUGAGCAGAAGGCCAAGGGCUUCCUGGCCACUGGCUACCAGACCGAGCUGACCUACAAGCACAGUGAUGGAUCCUACAGCACUUGGGGCCCAACAAAAUACUAUUCCCGCAGUAGCACUUGGCUAACAGCCUAUGUGAUCCGCUCUUUCCUUAUGGCCAAAAAAUACACAUAUAUAGACCCCAGUGUCUUGAGGGAAGGACUAAGCUUCCUGGCAUCAAAACAAAAUGGAAAUGGGAGGUUCCUGUUGAAUGGCGUCUAUUACAGUGCGAUGAAGAAUUCCCUGGCCUUUAGCUCCUAUGUGCUGCUUACCUUUCUUGAAAACAAGGAGUACCUACGGGAAUACCAGCGCGUGGUCGAAAAAGGAAUUCGGUAUGUGGCCAGCCAUGUGGACGAUUGCAAUGAUCAGUUCUCCUUGGCUGUUGCCGCCCUGGCUUUAGCCCAAGCCAAAAGUCCAAAGGCCGACCAGGUCUUGAGCCGACUGGACGGGAUGGCCAGACGCAAGGAUGACCUUAAGUGGUGGUCCAGCAAUCCCGAUACCAUCGCUAACAGCGACGUGGAGCUCACCUCCUAUGUGCUCCUCGCCAUGUUGGAGAACGAUUUCAUAGAAGAGCCCUUGCCCGUUGUGAAUUGGCUAAAUGGCCAGAGGAACAGCCACGGAGGCUUCGGAUCCACUCAGGAUACGGUGGUGGGACUGCAGGCCCUGACCGAGUUCGCAGUGGAAGUUUACCAGCAACCGGGGGAUAUGGACAUUGAUUACAGUCUCACGAAGGACGGAGAAAGAAAUAGCAUCAAGGUCACCCCAGGGCAAUGGACCAAAAUGGUGUACCAUGAGCUACCGCAGGAAACGAAUAAGGUAUAUGUCUCGGGCCACGGCAGUGGAGUCUCCCUUGUCCAGCUCUCGUACCGCUACAAUGUGGCCUCCGAGGAGGAGAAGCCCAGCUUUGAGGUGACCACCGCGGUUAAGGAUGCUCCGAAGAACCGUCUCAAGUUGGAAUUCUGCGCCGAGUACACCCCCAUCGAGGCGGCUGAUAGGGGCAAGCCCUCGAACAUGGCCCUCAUGGAGAUCCAACUUCCCUCUGGCUUCGUUCUCACCGCCGAGGAUCUGGACAAGAUCCGCUCUUUUGCCGGCGUGAAGCUCGUCAAGGCCAAGAAGGAGGACUCCAUGGUGGUGAUCUACUUCGACAGCCUGAGUAAGGGUCAUCCCAAGUGCGUGACCGUGACCGCAGCCCGGGCCCACGCCGUGGCCAUGCAGAGGCCCUCCUACGUCCUCGUCUACGACUACUACGUCAAGGAGCGCCGGGCCUCCCAGUUCUACCAGGUGGGCUCCUCCCUGUGCGACAUCUGCGACGACUGCGACACCCAAUGCUCAGGGACUCGAUGAGGGAUUACAGCUUGAGUAUGAGGACCCUAACUAAGCAGAUCCCAGCACUUUGUACAUUGUAUAUACUGGGUUUUAUAAGAAAAUAACAAUUUAAAUAACUAAAGAUAAUUUUAUAUUGCUUAAACAAGCCACCACACUUCUUAAUACUCCAAAAAUCAUUAUGCACAUAUUUCUUAAGGCAGGAAAGUUCCAAAUACUAUAUUCACAUUCGAUUUAAA